CGACUAUGUUGGCGAGACAUCCUCACAGAGCAGCUCUUCUAGUCCUCCGCCGCUUCACCGUCCGUCGGCGACAUCCUGCACUCUGUCGGUUUGAAUCGAAUGGAAACCUUGAACCUGUAUCCCCGCAAACAGGCCCCCAAAAUGGACCGUCCACUAAUUUCAUACAGAAUAGUUUCAUCAGGGACACUGCUUUCGCGCUAGAUACUUUCAGGCGGCUACUCAAGUUCUCUCUUAUUGGCGUUGUUGGCAUUGGAGCGACCGCGGUCACUGCGCUAAUGGCGGCUCAUUUGUGGGUGGAACAAGUCGAGCUUGCACCGGAGACUGACGAAGAAGUCCGGAAGUGGGAGUGGGAUCGUGAAGCGGACAGAUGGACAGGCGGGGCUACAGGCGGGACAGAUCCUGGGUUGGGAACGAAGGGCAGGAUGGCUGUCCGCAGCGCGUGGAUUGCGCAGAAUUGGGGGACCGGCUCUGCCCCUAGUGUCGUCGGUUCGAAGGCGUAUAGCGGCCGUGUACGCUCAGGGGAGGGAAUGCGUGCCGUCGAGGCUCGCCUGGAGUUUGCGCAAGACUUCCUCAACAUUGCGAUUCAUACUGCAUCGCAGAAGAGCCAGUCUGGCAACCUCCGACCGGAUACCAUCACCGAGCUCAUUGCUCGGCAUGCUAAUGUGAUGGAGCGCAUGGGUACAAAGGACGCGUUGUUCGAGGCUAGGUCCGAGUAUGAGCGGGUGUGGGCAGGGCUUCCGGGCAAGGGAAUCGACUCGGCUCGUAUCGCUCUGAAGUUGGGAGACCUGAACCACCGCCUUGGCGACCCGGAGGAUGCAUUGGCCUGGUGGGCGCGUUCUAUCCAGCUGGCACAAGGCUCCACUGUCCUCGCAAGUGUGCCACCUGCUGUACCGGCAUCUGUGCCGUCAGCUCCUCUCGCUCAACGCACACUUAUCUCGAAUCUAGUGUCUCUGUCCGCACACUAUGCGACGUCGGGUCAGCUACGACAGGCCAGGGCGGUCGAGGAGGCUUCUCUUGCUCUAUUGCGGUCUGUCAAGCAGCCGGAGUCAUUUGAGUCCACGACACCCCCACACGCAUUGCACGCCUUGUUCAUCCUGCACCGUUCGUCGUUGAUAUCCAUUCAUUUGGCUGAGGUUCUGUACGCCCUCAAAGAGCAGCCUGCAGUUUCUGUCCAAUGGCUCUCUCGGGCUGCUGAGUCGGCUGAGCGAGUAGCAUUGGUAUUGACCGGUCUUCCUCCAAUCCACCCUGAUGCCCCUGAAUCUCAGAUUCCUCACCCACCAUCGUCUGAAGCCCCGUUAGUCCCGGCUUACGCCAAGUCACGCACUAUGUCCCGACCGGCGGGGAGUCUCCUUCGUGAUUCCAGGCGUACAGCGGCUGAAGCUUGGAAUCUGAUGGGUAUUCUCGUGGAGAAGUCGCGUGCGAAAGGGGCUACAGAAAAGGCCUUGGAAUGCUACGAACGGGCAUUGGGCUGGGCCGGUGUCGCUGCGGACAAAGCGGGAGGGAUUGGCAAAGCCGGGGAAGGUACGUUGGAGACGGAGUGGAAAGCUUUGUGGGCAAAUUAUGUACGCGUUCGCGACGUUGUUCGCAAGGAGACGGAGAAUGGCAAGUAGUGCGGAUUAUGAACAUCACUUGUGCUGUGUCCGGUGAUAUAUGAAUUAUUUACUUGGCUUGUACAAUGUAUUAUUAGUUAGUGCCUCUUCAAUAAUCGACUCCGGCCACCGCUAAGUAGGUGCAGCGAAC